UUUACAUCAUUUUUCAUGUCUGUCAUUCACCAUAUAAAGACAGUGACGAACACAGAGUUUAUGUUAAAGGUGCACGUAUGAGGGAAGAGAGGGACAGCUCAAGUCAGCUUUUUAUAAGAGUACAAUCCAGAGAAGCUUUAUGUAACAGAUUUAAAAUGCUUCUGGUGAUUCUGAUACAGCUCCUGAUCAUCGCAUCAGCAAAUGGUCAGGUAACAACAACUGCACCAGCCACGACCGUCGCAGCCACGACGGUCGCAGCCACGACGGCCGCAGCCACGACGGCGGCAGCUACGACGGCCGCAGCCACGACCGUCGCAGCCACGACGGCGGCAGCUACGACUGCCGCAGCCACGACCGUCGCAGCCACGACCGUCGCAGCCACGACGGCGGCAGCUACGACGGCCGCAGCCACGACGGUCGCAGCCACGACGGCGGGAGCCACGACCGUCGCAGCCACGACCGUGGCAGCUACGACCGUCGCAGCCACGACAAACGCCACAACCACCAACACUGCUCCCGCUGCACAGGCUGGGAUUAUGUACAUGAGCAGUCUGGUUGUGUGUUACUUCACUAUUUUUCUCUACAAGCUCCUCUUUACUGUGUAACUUGGUUGUGUUGCCUUUAUCUAUUUUUACACAAUACAGUCACUGUUACCCACUCAGAAUGUAAUUUAUGUUCAAAUAUAUAACCUUAUAAUCGUGUUAUGAAGCACUCCUGUUGAUGGGUUUCAAAAAUCUAGAUGAUCCAGUGUGUUAAAAUGUUAUAAUAAAAGGUUGGUGGGACUCAGAA